UAAACAGGAAAGAGCGGAAGUUCCGUUGGCUUUUCUCCUGUGUGACAGAGCAGGAAGACGGUCGUAUUGUUGUUGUCUCUCAGCUGAAUCUUUGAGCUGUUUGAGCAACCAUGUCUUCAGUUCAGUAUCUGAGAGAGUUUAUCAACGAGCGACUAACUGCUGCUGCUGAAGAAAUCUUCUCAGAGUUUGAAAAAACGAUCGUCCAGUACGAGGAAGUGAUCGACCGUCAGCGCAGACUGCUGGAUAUCACCUGGAAACCCGAAAUAAAGCUGCACACAGCAGGCCUCCAGCAGCAGCAUGUCUAUAAGGAGGAGGAAUUUCUCAUUAACCAGCAGCUCUGUAAUGAGGAGAACCGCGGGGAACCAGAGCCUCUCCAGAUCAAACAUGAACAGGAAGAUUUCUACAGCAGUCAGGAGGAACAGCAGCUUGCACUGAAGGAGGACAUUGAUACCUUUAUGGUGACUGCUGCGUAUGAGGAAAGAGCCCACGGUGAACCAGGACCAGACAGGGAGCAGAUCCUCUCUCACAGCUUCCUGAUAGCUGAGGGUCAAGAUCAGGGAGGAAGCAACUAUGUAGACUUAGGAUCAGCACAUAGUGCAAACAGAAGUCACAGUACCGAUGCAGAAGACUCUCCCACGUCAGAGGGUCAGUGUAACACUGACAUAGGUAAAAAGUCGGUAACAUGCAAUGUUUGUGGAAAAUUGUUUAAGAAUAAAUACAAAAUACACGAACAUCACAGAAUCCACACAGGUGAGAAGCCCUAUCUUUGUGAAACGUGUGGGAAAAGUUUUACUCAAGGCGGUAGUCUGUUGGUUCACAUGAGGACCCACUCGGGUGAGAAACCGUAUACCUGUAACACCUGUGGUGAAAGAUUUUGUUACUUAUUAGCACUUAAAAAGCACAAGGCGGUGCACACGGGUGAAAAUCCAUUUUCUUGCACAACGUGCGGGAAAACGUUCACUCAAAGGGGCAGUUUGUUGGUCCACAUGAGAAUCCACUCAGGAGAGAAGCCGUAUUCUUGCAAAACAUGUGGGAAAAGUUUCACUAAAAAAUGUACUUUAUUGGUGCACGUGAGAAUUCACACCGGUGAGAAGCCAUACACUUGCAAAGUAUGUGGGAAAAGUUUUACCCAAAGAGGUGGUUUGGUAGUCCACAUGAAAACUCACGCAGGGAAAAAGUUUUAGUUCUGAAUAUUUAGCAGGGAACAGUGUAUUUAUGAAGCCGAGCUUGAUAAAAUUAUCAAACUUGUUAACAGUAAAGCUUUCACAGAGCCGGCUUUACACACUUCCUGCUGCUCAAUAAAAAGUCUUUAAAAGUCUGAAAUUAAGAUCAUGACUCAUCUCAAAAGGUCAUAUAUGUUCCAUAAAUGUGAUGAAAUAAUGAAAUCUGGUAAACAAAAAAACCAUCAGAAUUUAAAUGUCAGUUUUUCUGUGUGUUCUCGGCUCUCACUGGUGAUGAUGCAGAUUUAUGUAUAAUAAGAUGUAGUGAUGUGAACCGGCACUCUAGUAGGCGCUAACCUAAUAGCUUACUUGUAGUCUUCUGAUAUUCUGCUAUUCAACAGCAGCCUGUAGACGAUAGCACUUAGUAUGAACACUGUAGAUGCUCACGGCUGUUUCAGAAAUGGGAAAAUAGGAGGCGGGAAGUAGAGUACCAUAUCCAUACUGCCACUUAACAUGUCUUUAGUUCCGAUGACGAAUGAUCUCAUUCUGUGAACAUAUGAAGGUAAAACAGUAUUAGGAACUAACAUUUGUCUGAUUUUUAACUUUAGAGUUAUUUAUGUUUUUUAUAUAUAUGUGUGUAAAAGCAGAAACGGUAGGUGAAGAAAAAGUGUAAGAUUUCGACUAAUGUGUUUCCCACUUUAACACACACUCACUCCUCUUCAUGAUGAAAACAAAGGUGUAUUAUCCUGUGCGUCUGCAGCAGAGUUAAUCCUCAUUUCUGCAGCCGUGAUCGAACAAACAUGUAAAUCUGAAAAUGAAAAUGAAUCAUUCUCAGCAGCAGAUCUCAAACAAACAAUAAAAUAAACAUGAAAUGACUGUUGGCCAUUAAAAAGCAUUUGGCUAGUGUAUUGUUCCUCACUGCAAAAACUGUAUUGUUUUUGCAGUGAGGAGAACAGCCACGGUGCUGUGAGUAUGAACAUAUGACUAACGAAAGGAUCAAAACUGUUUGUUGUGGAGAUUUUUGCACCGGUGAGUCGAUUUCUACCAAACUAGUAGGACCGCACGAUUCUGGCAAAAAUAAUUCUCCUGAUUUUUUGAUCAAUAUUGUGAUCAUGAUUAAUUGUUGUGAUUAUUCAUGUAUUUUUGUGACAAAAGGCUUUUACUGCAUGUAAACAUAACACUGCUUUCACAUCCAUGUAAUGCAACAUUCCUAAUAUUAUUCACCCACAUUCCAAAAUAUAUAUAUAUAUUAACGAAUUAAUUAAAACACUUUUCCAGACCGAUAUGGUGUAAGCCUGAUGUAAGUGCAUCCACUUAAAACUAAAUAUAAAGUCUUUCCCUGCAUUCACUGUUCCUGCAUGAUGGAUGUAGAUGAAACUCUCAGUAACGUAUUCGACAGCUCUGACCUCCUUCUACGUUUCCCUGCAUGCUUUUGCAUGCAGUGCAGGUUUCUCCUCUUCAGGAAAAGAACUGAGUGAGUGAGUCCGUGUGCUGAAACCUUUGUUGUGGACAUGUAUCUUUGCUGGUUGCGUUGGUGAGUUGGGUAGAAACGCUGAUGCGCUGUACGGACUCGCUUCUGUGGAUGCUGAGUCAAUGUCGGAUAAUUCACGUUAGUAACCAUUUCUUUAUUUUUCUUAGCCUUUGUGCGUCAGUCGUGCUGCAGUUUGUGGAUUGUUUUCAGGUGGUUGAAGCACUCUUCACACGUGAUUUCAUCUUCAUUACGUCUCUUCCAUUAAAUUCAAAGUAUUUCAAAACAACAGAGUAUGAUGCUGAAUGACAAGCUCCUCCCCCUCUGCUGUACAGGACAGCUCAGUUUUAUUAUAUGUGUCUUUUAACACAGCGUUACUCGUGCAGACUAGUUCAGGAAACCUUCAGAGAACAGCUGUGAAUCAGGAAGUGCUUGAUGUGCUUUUGUGUUCUGUUUGUCGAGCACACAGCUUCAGUAUUGUUCCAUGAUCAUCAUUUCAUAGAAGGAAGCCGAAAUCAAAUUCAAGGCUGAAAUCUGAUCAUUUCACUGCUCUACAAGCUACUAAUCAACAUAAUGUGACAAUUUUAUAUGUUAUUACUUUUAUUUUCUCUCAUGUGCAGCAGAGACGCAACUUUAGACGACUCAGUGUCGCUUCCCUCUGUGUCACACUGUGGCACUCUCAUGAUGACUGUUUGUAAUUCUGCAGUGAAACAUGAAGAAUCUCACACAAGGUCAGAUUUCAUUUUCUGUUUGAAUUGUGUUAAGUUUGUUUGUGCCGUGUACCGUUGGAUGUACGGACUGCCACUGAAUUACAGUUGGUGUUUUAUGAUAUAAAGUCUUGUUAAAGCUGACCAUAGAAAGAAGUACGUUUGUUCUGUUUUAUUAUAAAGUCUGUGUUUUCCAGCACUCACAGACUCUGGAAGAAAAAUGUGUGUAAUAUGAACCGAAGUGUUUCCUGUUGUUUCUAAGUUCCGUGAGUUUGCUGCAGUUUUCUGUCACAACAAUGUAAAUAUAAAAAGGUACGAGUGGAGACGUUGCUCGGCAACUCUUAGUUUUUAAAGCAGCUUCUUUCCCUCCAGAGUUAGACUGGCUUUGUUUUCCCUUUUAUCGCCAUCAGUUAAGUUUGUGUGUGUAUUUGAACUUGGUUGGAAAAUUGGAUGUAUGAAAUGUUUCCAUUGUAUUCUGUCAUAUUCUGAUCUAUGUAGGAUUUUUUUCCUUGUUUUUACUCUACCUCAGAUAUUUGGAUUGUGACCUGAGAUACUGAAGCUGAGAAAUCCUGUAGUGCUCACUGACAACACGAGUCUUUUAUUUGUGGAAAGCAUGUUUCACUUAUUGUUCUUCUGUUUUGUGUUCAACUAAUUUUGAUUGUUCAGGAUUUAGAAGUGAAACUAGGAAGUUGUAGAUUUUCACCAUGCUCUUAUAAAAAGCUCUUUCUAAGGUU